AUGUCUUUCGUCCGAGACACCACUCCCACAGUCGACAACGCCUUCAGCAACUUCCGACUGUACAACUACACACCCUCGCUCCAAGCAGCCUCCCUCUUCACCGCGCUCUUCCUCCUGGCCACGGUAUGGCAAUUCCAUCGGGCCGCUCGAGCACGAACCUGGUUCAUGAUCCCCUUCUGUUUGGGCGGCGUGUUCGAAGCCGCAGGCUACAUCUCCCGCAUCAUCUCCUCGCGUGAGGCGCCAGAUUACGCCCUCGAGCCGUACAUAUUACAGACGACGCUGCUGCUUGUAGCGCCAGCACUGUUCGCCGCAUCGGUAUACAUGAACCUCGACAAGAUCGUCCAGCUCGUCGAUGGCGAAGAACACCUCAUCAUCCGAAGGAGGUGGCUGACACCUAUAUUCGUUUCGGGCGACAUGCUGGCAUUCGUCUUGCAGGGGACCGGGGCCGGUCUCAUAUCCAGCAAAGCCCCCACCCUCACCACCACCGGCAAAACCCUCGCGCUCGUCGGCCUCGUCCUUCAGACCUUCUACUUCACCCUCUUCGUCCUCGCAGCCGCCAUCUUCGACAUCCGCAUCCGGGCGUGUUCGACGACGAAAUCCAUCCACCACUACCGCUGGCGGCAAAAACACAUGGUUUGCCUCUAUGUCGUCAGCGUUUUGAUCUUCGCGAGGUCUGUCGUUCGGAUUGUUGAGUUCGCGGAGGGGUUUGAGGGGUAUCUUGUCUCGCAUGAGGUGUAUCUGUAUGUUUUUGAUGCGGUGUUGAUGUUUGUGGUGAUGGUGGUCCUGGGCUGGGUUCAUCCCGGUGAGGUUGUGGCGGGGAUCCGAGAGGAGAGGGGGUCGCGGAGGUCAUUGUCGUCGUGA